UCAAUAGGAACCUAGUGCCAGUCUAGGCCACCUGAGGAGAAAAGAACUCCAAAAUGAGAGGAACAUCACUUUAGAGUUUCUCUGAUUUUCAGUGGCAUGGGGAACUAAUCAGCUGCUUUAUGCUGCUCAGAAGGAUGCCUUAGUCUUCAGAGAGUAACAAAGGGGAAGUCGGAGAGCAAGAGACAGAAGGAUAAAUGGUGGCUCCAGACUCGCUUCCCAGAGUGAUCGCAGGCUAGCAGACCUCAGGUGCUACGCGAUGAAUCCCCAAGGGCAAUCAGGUGCCGCCGCGCCGCUCACUCACCUGGGCCGGCUGGAGAGCGCCGAGGGGCGGCCGCGGAGCCGCGCGGGAGCAGCCGGAGCAGGAGCCGGAGCCGGGGCCGGGCGCGGGCCGCCGCCGUGCUGCUGGCACAGAUCCAUUCCAGACCAAAAUCACCUGCUUCGAGAUGGAGUGCGCAGAUACCUGCAACUUCCAGCUGACCAGACUGUGCUGAUAUUGCAUGCAAAAGUUGCACAGAAAUCGUAUGGCAAUGAAAAAAGGUUUUUCUGCCCCCCACCUUGCGUUUACCUGACUGGACCAGGAUGGAAACUAAAACAGGAACAAGUGAAAGCAAGUAAUCUGGGAGAGGCUGGUUUCAGGGUGUGUGGAUACAUGGGACUCGACAGUGUGGGCAGCAGCCAUUUGGAGACCCAGAAACUGAACUUUGAGGAACAGCCUGACUCCAAGGAGUUCAGCUGUGCCAAGGCACUCUACAUCUCAGAUGCUGACAAGCGGAAACACUUUCGGCUGGUUCUGAAGCUUUUCUUCAGCAAUGGGCAAGAGAUCGGCACUUUCCACAGCAAGCUGAUCAAAGUGAUCUCCAAGCCCUCUCAAAAGAAGCAGUCUCUGAAGAACACAGAUUUGUGCAUCUCAUCUGGGUCUAAGGUUUCCCUCUUUAACCGCCUGCGCUCCCAGACGGUCAGCACCCGCUACCUGUCUGUAGAAGGCGGCGCUUUCAUCGCCAGUGCAAGGCAGUGGGCAGCAUUUACACUUCACCUGGCCGAUGAGCACUGCGUCCAGGGUGAGUUCCCUCUGCGGGAAGGGUACGUUCGCUACGGCUCAGUAGUUCAGCUCAUCUGCACAGCUACCGGUGUCAUGCUGCCUCCCCUGAUCAUUCGGAAAGUCACCAAGCAGUAUGCCCUGCUGGAUGUGGAUGAGCCCAUCUCCCAGCUCCACAAGUGCGCGUUCCAGUUCCAGGGCAGUGAUGGGAUGUACUUGUGCCUCUCAACGGAGAAAGUGAUCCAGUUCCAGGCAUCUCCAUGCCCAAAGGAAGCAAACCGUGAGCUGCUGAAUGAUGGCUCCUGCUGGACAAUCAUUGGAACAGAGACUGUGGAAUACACCUUCAGCGACAGCCUGGCCUGUAUUCAGGACCUCGUGAGCCCUGUCCCACUCAUAACCACCCUGCAGCUGACUGGUGGAGGGGACGUGGCCAUGCUGGAGGUGCAGGGCGAGUAUUUCCAUGCAAACCUGAAGGUCUGGUUUGGGGAUGUGGAAGCUGAGACCAUGUACAGGAACUCCAAGUCCUUAGUGUGCGUCGUCCCUGACGUCUCUGCGUUUGGCAGUGAUUGGCGAUGGCUGAGAUACCCCAUCACAGUGCCUCUGCUGCUGAUAAGGAAUGAUGGACUUAUCUACUCCAGUACAUUCACCUUUACAUAUACUCCAGAGCAGAGCUUUCUCCCUGGCCAGCAGGUCCUCCCAGAGCUGCCACAGGACUCUGAUGCCUUGCUUGACAGCAUCCAUCAGGAAUUCACCAGGACCAAUUUUCACCUUUUCAUGCAGAGUUAGAAAGCCCAGAAGAGAGAGACAGGGCUUGGGAACGUUCUGGUACAAUCUGUGAGGAACGGACAUCAGCUCUCAGAGUUGGGUACCAAUGUCCUUCCAGUGUGUAUGAAGGCCUGGGGUUAGGCCCACUCUGAGCACUCUGUCCACAUCUAGAAAACCAAGCACAUUUUUUGAUUUGAUAAGAAUAUUUUUCAAAGGAACAGUUGCCUCCUGCAAAAUUCACUAACAAAAUGGCCCACAAUAAAACAUGCUUCCAGGACUUCUUCACCCAUUCAAAUGAUUCUUUACUGGAUAUUUUGUAGACUUCAUCAUGUAGGUCUUUAGCUACUAUAGAACUUCAUAGAUCUGUUCAUUUAAAGACUUCAUAGAAGGCUAACAUGGAUCAUUAUAAUAA